CGGGAGGAAGGCGGGCGGUUCAAGGCGGCGGGGGCCGACAUGGAGAAGAAGCUCGAGCGGGCUGUCACGUGGCUAAAGAAAGUAUAUGGGAAUAAGCCUAUCCCAGAAUGGGAAGUGAAUGAAAGCACAGUUGAUUUCUUGUAUAACCUUGCAGAAUGCACUGAAGCCAGAGAGAGUGAUGCUGUUUUGCUGAUAGAGAACAUGAAGCAGAAGGCAGAAGAAUAUGAAGAAAAAACUGAGUACCUAGAGGCCCUUCUCAGAGAAGCCCUGGGCCUCUCCCCGCAUAGUCUGUCCAGCCAAGGCAUGGGCUACCUCGAUGUCCUGGUGGCGAGCGCAAUGGCACUCAAAACCAAGGACACUUCUCUUGCCAGCUUCUUCUGUGCCAUCAACAAUAUGACUUCGGAGUUGUACGCUGUAGAAUCAAAAAACAAGGAAAUGGCAGAGGAAUUGAUGAGCAUGAGGGAAGAAAUGAGUGCAGUGCUGGCGUUGGAAGAGCAGCUAAAGGAGGAUUUUAAAAAAACAGAGGAAUACUUGAAAGGAGAAAACCACAAAAGUCACCAUCAAUACAAGAACAUGGAGUUCCUGAAAAAUAAAUCUAAGGAUUUAGCAGUCAGGAUCAAGGCUGCUGAGGAGCAGCUUCUUGCCUCAGGCUUCGACCCUUCACUGACACACGAGUCACUCAUGAACCUGUCUGAGGAAGUGGCUAAACUGCAGAAAGAAAUUGUGGAUUUGAAGAAUAAACUGGCGGUCUACCAAGAUUUACCUCUCAGUAUUCCCCUUGCGAAAGUGAAGGUUGAAGAAGCAAAACGAGAACUGAAAGCCUUGGAGGAAGAGCUCUCAGAGGACAUUGAAAAGCUGAGUCUUGACUUGCCAUCACCCAGAUAAUACUAGUUCACCUGAAGCAGGCUGCACGGAAGAAGAUUUCCCUUCUGUUGUCUGUUUAUUUGCACUAGCAAAACAUUUUGGACUUUCUACUGUCCUUCUGUCACUUUCUGCCUUACUCUUCUUGCUGUUGGAUGGCACAGUUGUGACCUUCCAGCAAGCAUGCUCACUUUUAGGGCUUCAUGUAGCUUUGCAUUUGUAAAAAUUGCCUGUUUUUCAUAAAGUAACCCCCAAGUUUACUGUUUC